AUGGCUGAAAUAUUAUUGGGACGCCGUAGAGUUCACCAACGAAAAACGAGUGCUGACAAUGCCGAUUCUGUUCGUGUUGUUGGGGCUGGCCUUCCACGAACAGGAACUUCAUCAUUGAAGAGUGCUCUAGAAAUACUCGGCUUUGGUCCCUGUCAUCAUAUGUCUGAAUUAUGCAAUAAACCCGAACAAAGUGUUGCCUUUGCACGAGCACUAGAUGGAUACGAAACAAACUUUUUCGAAUUGAUGAAGGGAUACGGUUCAACAGUCGAUUUUCCGACAGCCAUAUUCUACAAAGAAAUUCAUAAAGUCUAUCCAGAGGCAAAAAUUAUUCUCACUGUACGUGAUAGUGGUGAAAAGUGGUACGAAAGUUUUGUCAAUACUAUCGAGCCUGUGUGCAAUGAUAUUACCUACUACAUUGCUGUUUAUCCCAUUCGGAUUUUGCGUCUACAAUGUAUUGUUGCCAGAAAGUUCAUUCAAAAGUGGAAGAUUGAGUAUGGCAAGAUUGGACCUCACUUACACGACACAUACAAUGCUUGUGUGAUAAAGGAAAAUAAACAGAAUGAGUUGCUUGUAUUCGAUGUCAAAGAAGGAUGGCCGCCACUUUGCAAGUUUCUCAAUGUGCCUAUUCCAACAGAUAUUCCAUUUCCACAACUGAACGACGCCGAAUACAUCAAACGUGGAAUUCGAAUAGCUCGAAUCAUAGGAUGGAUUACCUGGGGAUGUAUUGUAGCAAUAGUAGCUAUUGCAGGAUAUUUUAUUAUCUGA